AUGGACGACUCGCUGGCACCCAUAGCGCUGCUGAUUGACUCGCUUCGUUCUCAGGAUCCCUCGCAGCGCCUCACCUCGGUGAAGAAACUCGCUGUGAUCAGCAAGGCCCUCGGCGAGGAGCGCACGCGCAGGGAGCUGAUCCCUUUUGUCAAUGAGAGUGUGGAUGACGAAGAUGAGGUUCUGCUGGCGCUGGCUGAGGAGCUAGGCGAGUUUGUGCCACUGGUGGGCGGUGCGCAGUAUGCGCACUUCCUUUUGGCGCCGCUCGAGGCUCUGGCCACGGUGGACGAGACAGUGGUGCGGGAGCGCUCCGUGGCCUCCAUCUGCAGCAUCACUGCGCAGAUGCCGGCGGGCAGUGUGCAAGAGCACCUGCUGCCCCUGCUCCAGAGGUUGGCCGGCAGGGAAUGGCCAGCACGAGUGUCGGCCUGCAAGCUGUUUGCCACGGCAUAUCCACCAGCACAGGAGCAAAACCGUGUCGAGCUUCGGGCAGCAUUCCUUAAACUGUGCCACGAUGAGACACCCAUGGUCCGGCGAGCAGCAGCACAGGCACUGGCGCCUUUUUCAGAGAUGCUGGAGCCGCAGCACAUAAGGGAGGACAUCCUUCCGGCGUUUGUGGAUCUUACUCGAGAUGACCAGGACAGCGUGCGGCUGAUUGCAGUGGAGGCAGCGGGGGCGCUGGCAAAGGUGCUGCCGCGGGAGGAGGUGGCAAACCCUGUGAUGCCAGCAGUGGUGCAGUGUUCCCAGGACAAGUCCUGGCGCGUGCGGUACAACGCGGUGCAGCAGCUGCCAGCCCUUGCGGAAGCAUUGGGGGCUGAGACUGCAAGCUCAGAGCUGCUGCCGCUCUACCUACAGCUGCUCAGAGACAAUGAACCCGAAGUGCGCACAGCAGCAACCGGCAAACUGUCGGCAUUCGCCAGGCUCCUCCCUGUGGCUGACGUCACCAGCCAGCUGCUGCCCCGCGUCAAGGAUAUUGGCGGCGAUGCCAACCAGCUGGUGCGGUCAGCCCUGGCGACGGUGGUCAUGGAGCUGGCGCCCAUCCUGGGCAAGGGCGACACAGUGGAGCAGUUGCUGCCGUUAUUCCUAAGCCUGCUGAAGGAUGACUGGCCGGAUGUCCGGCUGGCCAUCAUUGGCAAGCUGCAGGCCGUCAAUCAGGUGAUUGGCAUCGAGCUGCUGGCGCAGACGCUGCUGCCAGCGGUGGAGGACCUUGCAACCGACAAGCACUGGCGCGUGCGGCAGGCAAUCAUUGAGCAUACACCGAUGCUUGCGACACAGCUAGGGGCUGAGCUCUUCCAGCAGAAGCUGGGACGACAGUGCAUGCUUUGGCUGCAGGACCCUGUGUACAGCAUCAGGGAGGCGGCCAUUCAGGUGCUGCAAGCAGUGGGCAAAGAGUUUGGACCAGACUGGGCGCGCGAGCACAUUGUGCCCCAGGUCCUGGCCCUGAUGAACAGCGACAACUACCUGCACCGCAUGACAGUGUUGAGUGCCAUCGGCGCCCUGGCGGGGUCGGUGCACAAGGACGUGGUGCACAACAGCAUGCUUCCCGCCGUGGUGGCCUGCUCCAAGGACCGCGUGCCCAACGUGAAGUUCAAUGCCGCCAAGAUCCUGCAGCAGCUGGCGACGCUGUCCGACCCCCCCGCCAUCAGCCAGACAAUUCGCCCUUGUCUGGCGGAGCUUAGCACAGACAAGGACAGCGACGUGAGGUUCUUUGCUCAGAACGCUCUGGCGGUGUGCGGGGGACCAUAACCCUGCCCACCGGGUGUGCGGCAAUCACAGUUAUCCGUCAUCCCAACCAUGCCCUCUACAAAACAUCUUCAUUCCGUUGCCGCGGGUGCCUUGAAGUAAAAAAUUCAUGAACGCAAAGCUGCUGCUGCUGGGGCGGCGGCUGCUGCUGCUGCGGCGGCGGCGGCGGCGGCGGCGGCGGCGGCGGCACGUCCACGCUGCUCGUUUUCUCAUUCCUAUGGAAUUGGAAUCUAACGUGAAUGCUCACAGACAGGGCUCAAUUUGUUAAUAGAUAGAUG